GAUUUCUUGGCCAUACCAAUUACAUCAGUGGCUUCUGAAUAUGCUUUUAGCUCUGGUGGGAGGUUAAUAGACCCUCAUCGGAGUAGAUUGCACUAUGAUACAAUAGAGGCAAUGAUGUGUACCAGAAGUUGGAUUAUGGAGGAAAUGCAACAAGAAUCAUCGAAGGCUGCUGUAGAGGCAAUGGAAGGGGUGUUCUCUGCUCUAGCAAUUUCAGAUUCCAGUACUGAAGAUCAAGACGAAGCUGUUCAGGGGGGACUUGUGAUGAGGAAGCAUCUAAUAUCCCUAGACGACUGAUUUGUUCAAUGCAAUGAAAGGUUCAAG